CAUUCAAAAACUCCUUAUACUCGUCCUCCUCAAACUCAAAAAUUUGUAUUAUACUAUUGUCAGAAUUGUAAAGGAAAAUUAGUAGAUCUAAGGACUAAAGCAGCUCAUAUUAAAUAUACAAUUGUAUCUCAACAACAAAAAACUGCUGCUAAUUUUUCUGAAGCAUCAGAAAAUCAUAAGAAGAAUACUCAAAUUUAUGAUAAUGAUGCACUUGAAGAAGAUAAUAAAAGAAACUUUAAAGAUAAUAUUUCAGAAUAUUCAUCUGAUAAUUUAGAGGAAAACAAUCAAGUAAAUUUCGAUGCUUCAGAAGUAGAAUUAGAGGAAAACAAUUUUAGAUAUACUGAAGAAUUAAACAAUAUCUUUUCAUGGAUUGUUGUAUGGAUCUUAAAGUAUCAAAAGAGAUUUUAA